AUGACCAAGGCGAUUGUAUUUCUCGCAGAGGGGACGGAGGAGAUGGAAUUUAGCAUCGCGUACGACGUGCUCGUGCGGGGUGGCGUAGACGUCAAGUCGGUGUACGUGCCCGCGGCGGGUGCCGCGGACGCCCCGCCGAACGGCCUCGUGAAGGCCUCGCGUGGCGUCCAGAUUGGGCCCGACAUGACCCUCACCCAGCUCGUGCAGGCGGGCGACGUCGGCUCGUACGAUGCGCUGAUUGUGCCGGGCGGCGUCGGUGGUGCACAGACCAUCGGUAAGGACGAGACGGUGCUCAAGAUGCUCAGCGACGCCUACCAGGGCAAGCGCCUCGUCGGCGCCAUCUGCGCCGGAUCGCUCGCGGCGCUCCAUGCAAAGAUCGGCCUCAAGGGCCCGAUCACGAGCCACCCGUCGGUGGCCGACCAGCUCUCCAAGGACUAUGAGUACUCUGAGGACCACGUCGUGGUCACCGACCACCUCGUGACAAGCCGCGGACCGGGCACCUCGUUUGCCUUUGCGCUUACGCUCCUCGAAAAGCUCGAGGGUGCCGAGGUGCGCAACAAGGUCGCUGCGCCCAUGGUCCUCCAGCACCUAUAG